AACCUAACAGCUGUAGUUGUACCUUCCCACUGGUGAGGCGCGUCUAAAAAUUGUUAUACGAUUCUGUCGUAUAAAAAAAUUAUUUAUGAGCAUCAAAAAAGAACGACAAAAAAAAAAAAGAAUUUUUGGGUUUUACCAAAUACAGAUUUCGUCAUUUGUAAAAGCUUGACAAUUUCUAUUAUUUUGAAACAUAUUGAUUGAUUGAUUGAUUAUAGGGCCAUUUCUACGUUUCAGGUGUCAUACGUAUCUACUGCUUAAACAGCCCAAAUUCAAAAGGUUUCACAUUUUAGAUACAACGCCAUAACCAUGCUUGGUUUCAUUACUAAAGCAACUAGUGCCUUGGCUACUACGUCAGCACAUAGACCUAUACAUUUCAUCAUAGUCACAGCCUUGCUAGCCACCAUUGCUUAUUUAUCUGUGGUUGAUGAAUAUGUUCCUGAAAAUUUAUCAAACCCAAAUAAUAUUUCAGUAGGUAUAAAUUAUUAUCACCCACCUGGUUCAACAGACUAUAAAAAUUGGAUUCAAAUUGAUGAUAUUACUCAAUAUCCUAAUGCCAAUCAAAUCACUAUAGCUCCAUUAAGAUUUAGAAAAGUUCAUAAUAAUGAUCAAAAUAUCCCAACUAUUGAUCAUAGUUAUCAAAGUUUAAAUCAAAAUGAAAGAAUCUUAAUUUUACCAACUGAUCAAAUUCAAUCUCAUUUACAAUCGAUAAAUACCAUUACUUAUAAGGGAAUCACUUGGAAAGCUAGAAAUAAUAAUCCUAUUACCAAAUAUUAUGAAUAUCUUAAGAAUGCCAUUGUUAAAAUUAAUGAUUUAAUUAAAAAUGCUGAAAGUUUUGAUAUUCUUUUAAUAACAGUAGCAUAUCUUUCAAUGUGGUAUACUAUUAUAAAAGUAUUUUUAGAUAUGAGAAAAGUUGGUUCAAAUUUUUGGUUAGCAUUUUCAACUAUAAUAUCAUCAACUUUUGCUUUUCUUUUCGCAUUGGUUGCAACUACUAAAAUAUUAGAAAUUAAAGUUCCUUUAAUUAGUUUAUCAGAAGGUAUUCCUUUCUUAGUGGCUAUUAUUGGUUUCAAACAUAAAGUUUCUAUUGCUUCUGAAGUUCAAAGAGCUUCAAAUUCAUCUCUUGAUGUUAAAACCAUUGUUUCAAGUGUUAUUACUUCUCAUACUGUAAGUAUGUUAAGAGAUCAUGUCGCUGUUAUUGGGGUUUUAAUUGUUAUUGCUGGUUAUGCUCCUCAUUUAGUUGGUUUAAAGAAUUUCUGUAUCUUAGGAGCCUUAAUCUUAUCAAUUGAUUUAUUAUUAGUUUAUACUUUUUUCAGUGCUAUUUUAGCUUUAAAGAUUGAAAUUAAUAGAGCAAGAAGAACUGAAGAUUUAAAAGAUGCUUUAGAAGAAGAAGGUAUUUCUUCAUUAGUGGCUCAAAAAGUUGCCGAUCAAGCUUCAAGUAUUUCUCAUCCUCAUGAUUCAAAUAUGUUUACCAAGACUGAUUCUUCCAUUGUAUCUUUCAAAGUAGCCAUGGUUGCAACUUAUCUUGCCAUUCAUGUUUUCUGGUUUGGAAGUUCAUGGUUAUAUUCUUCAACUUCAAAUCCAUCUGAAUCAAUCUUUUCCAAUUCCCCAAGUUUAUCAAAAUCAGCUGUUAAACAUAUAACUGUAUCUUCUAACGGUACUAUCGUUACCGUUUUAUCACCAAGAACUUAUAUGCCAUUAGGUACUUUAAUCAUUGUUGAAGAAAACAUCUUUUUCAUCUUAGAAAAAAUAAGUCAUGCUAUUCAAGAUAGUUUAAUUUCAAAAUUCUUAUUAUUUGCAUUUGCUAUUUCAAUUAGUACUAAUGCUUAUUUCUUAAAUGCUUCAAGAGUUCAAGUUUCAGCCAAUAAUAAAUUAUUAGAAAAGGAAAUCUCAAGACCAAAAUCAAGAAAAAAUACCCUUUCAUUAUCAUCUCCAUCAUCUCCAAUCACCCCACUUACUCCAUUAUCAGCAUCUUCCAAAGCCCCAUCUUCAAAGAGUUCAUCAACAAUUGUGGUUGAAGAUGAUGAUAGUUCAAGUGAUGAAUUGAUUAUCUCUGCUCCAAGUAAACAACUUCCUCUUGAUGAAUGUAUUGCCAAAUUAAAAGAAGGUAAAGUUAAAUCAUUAACUGAUAAUGAAGUUUCAUCAUUAGUCGUAGCAGGAAAAUUACCAUUAUAUGCUUUAGAAAAACAAUUAGCUGAUAAUACUAGAGCUGUGGUUGUAAGAAGAAAAGCUAUUGCCAAAUUAAGUAAUGCCCCAGUAUUAGAUACUGAUCGUUUACCUUAUGAACAUUAUGAUUAUGAUCGUGUGUUUGGAGCUUGUUGUGAAAAUGUCAUUGGUUUCAUGCCAAUUCCAGUUGGUGUGGCUGGUCCAUUAUUAAUUGAUGGUAAACCAUAUCAUAUUCCAAUGGCUACUACUGAAGGUUGUUUAGUGGCUUCAACUAUGCGUGGUUGUAAAGCUAUUAAUGCUGGAGGAGGGGUUCAAACUGUUUUAACUCAAGAUGGUAUGACUAGAGGUCCAUGUGUUUCAUUCCCUUCAUUAUUAAGAGCUGGUGCUGCUAAACUUUGGAUUGAUUCUGAAGAUGGUCAAAAAACCCUUAAAAAAGCAUUCAAUUCUACUUCAAGAUUCGCCAGAUUACAACAUGUUCAAACUGCCAUGGCAGGAACUUUAUUAUUCAUUCGUUUUAGAACCACUACUGGUGAUGCUAUGGGUAUGAAUAUGAUUUCAAAAGGGGUUGAAUAUUCUCUUAAAUAUAUGGUUGAAGAAUGUGGUUGGGAUGAUAUGGAUGUUAUUUCAUUAUCAGGUAAUUAUUGUACUGAUAAAAAAGCAGCUGCUAUUAAUUGGAUUGAAGGUAGAGGUAAAUCUGUUGUUGCUGAAGCCAGAAUUCCAGCUGAAGUGGUUCAAAAAGUUCUUAAAUCUGAUGUUAAUGCAUUAGUUGAAUUAAAUAUUAGUAAGAAUUUAAUUGGUUCUGCUAUGGCUGGUUCAAUUGGUGGUUUCAAUGCUCAUGCUGCUAAUUUAGUUACUGCUGUAUUUUUAGCUUGUGGUCAAGAUCCUGCUCAAAAUGUUGAAUCAUCAAAUUGUAUAACCUUAAUGAAUAAUGUGAAUGGUGAUUUACAAGUAUCGGUAUCGAUGCCAUCUAUUGAAGUUGGUACUAUCGGUGGUGGUACUAUCUUAGAUCCACAAGGUGCUAUGUUAGAUUUAUUAGGUGUUCGUGGUCCACAUCCAACUAAUCCUGGUGAUAAUGCAAGACAACUUGCUCGUAUUGUUGCAUCUACUGUAUUAGCUGCUGAACUUUCUCUUUGUUCAGCCUUAGCUGCUGGUCAUUUAGUCCAAUCUCAUAUGCAACAUAAUCGUAAAGGUGGUGUUGCUGCUGCUCCAGCUCCAGUUUCGAAUGGUUCUGCUACUACUGCUACUGCUGCUAUCACUACUACUGCUUCAGCCACUCCAAAUGGUUCAACAAAAUUAAAUGGUAAUUCCAAUGGUAAAGCUGUUGGUGCUACUGAUAUAGAGCUUCUUAAGGAAGGUGCUAUAAAUUGUAUUAAAUCAUAAUAUUGUAAAACAUAUUCAAUAUCAUAAAAAAUAAAAUAAAUUAAACAUAAAGAUCAUAAAUCAAAACCAAAGAACUAUAACUAUUCAUCAAUAAUAAUAACUAACUCAUAUCAAACAUGAUGAUUAGUGUUCUAGUUCGAACAAACAAAUUUGCUAUUUUUAUUAACAACGAUACCUUGCAUAUAAUCCACUCCUUUAUAGAUAAAUCUAGUUACUGUAAUUCUAUUUAAAUACCAAAAAUAUAUUCUACAGGCUUUUACU